GCAUACUAUCCAAAAUGCAAUCACAGAAAACCAGGAUGACAGUAAGGCAACUAAGGAAUGGUCGAUGGCAAUCGCCAAUUGCUUCAGCUUCCUUAUCAGCAGUUCGAUCUGUGCCGAACAGGGCAUACGCUGCUUCUUCUUCACAGAGAUCGUACUCUACAAUGCCAAAUCAAAGUCAAGUGGUCAAUACGUUUGGUGCACCAUUCAAAGAAUUCAUAAUGACAAUUUCACGUAUUGCAAGAAUUAUUGUUUUCGGUGCUACAGGUAUAGCUGUUAUCGGAGUGGCUGGAUUUGAAGGAACGCAUCAAUAUAUCGAACAUGUUGCUAUGCCAAAAUUACAACUUGGAAGUGGAGUUUUAGAAGAUGGAGAAAGUGUCAAUUCACGAAAGGAUGACGACAAAUGGGGAUGGAAACACGAUUACGGGGAAGAUGAAUGGGUAGGAAAGAACAAGAAAGGAACAGAUUCCCGACUUGGAAUCAGAGGAAGACAUCAAUUACGUGCAGCAUGGAUCGCCACAUUUUGGGGUGGUGGUGUGAAACCUUCGAAUUAUGUAGCAGGAGGAGCAGGUAUGCCAGAGGUGGGAUACAUGAGUCAAGCUUCAUCUGCGACACAAUUCCAUGUUGAAGAAGGUCUCAACUCAUCAGAAGCACUCUUGAGGGCAGCACUAGAGACAGCAGAAGAGAAAGGGAUUCGACUACCCGAUAUCGCUGCUCUACGUGCAGGAUCAGCCUCAACCUCCGGUCUCGCACUACCAAACCAAUCGAUUGAUAAGACUGCAGUCAUGUUGGAAUACAGAUUAGCCUCCAUUCGUGAACGACUGGGAACUCCCGGGGCACUUCGGGGAGCAUUGGCUGGAUAUACACGCUUGUAUGACGCUUUGGCAGGAUUGGAUGCUACCAACAAGAGCAUGAAAGAAGAAGGACAUAUUUCCGGGCAGCCAGUUGUCAGAUCGGAUAGGCUAGUCCGACUGGCUACCAAAGUUGGACAAUUGCAUGAACUUGUCGGCAAUCGUUCGGAAGCUGAAGGAUGGCUAAAUCGCGCAAUCUCUUUGGCCGGCGGUGGUGCUAUCGAAGAGCAAAAUGCACAAGAACCAGGCGGAAGUCGAAAGGAUCUUAUCAAGAACGAGAUUCUGGCCGGUGGUACUGGUAUGCUGUCACGUACACCUGUUGAAGUGCAAGAGGCUAAAGGUACUCUUCAAACAAAAUCUGCGGCUUCAUCUGAAUCAGAUGCCAGUGCACCUGUCGACACACUGCCUUCUCCUGGUCUUACACGUUCUUUGAUCUCUUCUUUACUUGCUCUCUCUGCCUUCAACGCACAGCCAUCAGAUCGUAACGCAUUGGAACGAGCUCUGCAGUAUCAGGCAAGUGCUUUACGCCUUACACGGGUUGAAAUGGGUAGAUCAGCCAUUGCUGGACCUGAUAAGGAUGAUUCUGGCGCACAAUUACACCAGCUUUGGAUCACGUACCAUGACGGACUGGCAUGUGUGCAUGUCGGAGAAACGAUGCAUGGUUUACAGACAUCCAAAGGUGCAGGAGCACGUUCGGUUAACGCUCUUUUGUCAACUGUUGGUCUUGGAAGCAGCGCACAACAGAAACAAGGUCAAACGAUUGCUUGGCUAGACGAAGCUCGUGAGCGGGCACAACUUGUUCUGGAUAAUCUAUCAAAGACAAAGACACGAAGACCGGGCGAGAAAGUUGAAUUGUUGAAGAAAUGGGAAGAUUCUUCUCUUGAAGAGCAAAUUCAAGCAAAGAGGUUAUUGCGUGACUCUGUUCGAUUACGUGAUGCGAUUGAUGAUAUGAAGUACAUCCUUUCGGUCAAACAGACAAAGUGAGAACAAAGCAAUUCAAAGAAAGUACAAGCAAUUAAUUGCAGAGAGGUAUAGAGCACUACAAGACAUUCUACUGCCAAUACCACGAGCCACCAAACAAGCUAGGCUUGGUGAAGGGCAUGAUGGAAAGUGCGAAACCAACGAUUCCCGCCACGUAUGCGCCAUAGAUCGACCAUUUACGAUGAGGAUGAAUGCGAACAGCUUCGAUUGGAUCAGGUAAGCCCAUAAUAUUGCAGAAUAUAUGGCUGACAAGUGGAGCCAAUAAAGUAUUUGUGCGUAGGAAUAAAAAGUUUGCAUACCAACCAAACAUGGAAGUAUAGGCAAAUUGUAUUGUAGAAAUCAAACAUGCACGCUUUAAUGCCGAUCUAGUUCUGCCUCCUUUGA